AUGAAUAAGUAUUUAAUUAUUUAAUUAAAUAUAUUUAUUUUUUCAAAUAAGGACUUAAUAAUAAAAGAUUAAGAAAUUUAUCAUUUAUCGAAUUGGAUUUAUUUUGAGAAAAAAAAAGAUAAUUUACUAUAUCAAUUUUGUAUUUAAAAUAAGGGUCGAUUGCCUAUAAGAUUAAAUAUUUUUUAUAAAGGAAAAUUAAAUUAAAUAAUGGUAUAUAAUGAUAGUCUUUUAAAAGAAUUAAAGUAGAAGUUAAGUGAUGAAUUUAGCAUAGAAUCAAAUAAAAUAUAUUUAACUACUCAUAAUAUAAAAUAAGAUUUAAAUGAUUUUAGCAUUGAUGAUUAAUAAUUAUAAUUUUUAAAAAUAAUAGAUGAAUAUGAAAUAAUUUUAUAAGAACUAGAUUAAUAAUAUUAAGACAAUUCCAAAUAAAAAGUAGCUAAAUAACAAGAAAAAUAAGAAUAAUAAAUUAUUUAAGGAUUAGUUUCUAUUUUAGUUUAAAAUUCUGACGAAAAUGGAAUAAAUAGAUUAUUUAUUGAUUAUAAAUCAAUGAAUUUAUAAUAAUUAUUUGAUUAUCUAAAAGAAUAAUUUAAAGCGUAAGACUAGCAAAGAAGAUUAAGGAAAUUAGAAAAUAAUCAACUUUAUUAUUAAAAUGAAUAUUGCUUAUCACUUGAAGAAUUGGGUUAUGCAGAAGGAGGUGUUAGACUUUAAUUUGAAAGAGGUGAAAUACCAGUAUCUGGGAAUAUUCCUAUAAAAAUAAUAAAUUAGUCAAGUUAUUCUCAAUAAAAUAAGUUUAAUACUAUUGAAGUUAUUUUAUCAGUUGAUAAAACAAUUGAAGAUAUUAAAAUAUUUGCAUGUUAAUAACUAAAUUUAGAACCUAAUAACCAUAAACUUUAUAAAACAGAUUGGUUAGAAGAUCCUAUAUAAUUAUUAAAUAAUGAAAAAUAAAUUAUUAGAAAUAGUAUGUUUAAAUAAUAAGAAGUUUUAGUUUUAAGAGAUAUUUUAUCACCUAUCAGCAAAGAAUUUAAAAAAUUUAGUAUUUUCUUAUGUUAAUCUUAAGAUAUAUAUGACCUCAAAAGUGUCGGUGAUAUCAAACUAAAAGAAGAUGAAUCAAUUAAAUAACUUAAAGAAAUGAUUAUGAGUAUUCCUGAUAAUUAUAAAUAUUUAAGGAUUAUGGAUAUUAAGAAAGACAGUACGUUAGGUUAAAUACAUAAGGAAAAUGAUAAAUAAGUAAAAAAAUGUAUUUUCUCAACAAAUAAUAUUGCUGUUUAGAUUUUAGAUAACGAAGACACAUUAAAAACAAAUGAUAUAUUAUUACAUUUAAAGAAAAGAAAUUGUAUGAAACGAGAAUAUGAAAAUACAAAUAUUGAGAUAAUUUUGUCUUUUUAAAAAUAAUAAGUUUUAACAGUUGAAUUCUUAAAAUAAAUUAUUGCAGAAAAAAUAAAAUUAGGUGAAAAUUAAUUUGAUAUUGCAAAAUAUUUUAAUUACGAAUUUCAAUGGUAAGAAAUUAAAUAAGAAAUUUAGGAAAGUUAAGAUAAUAGUAAUAAUAACAAAAGCAAGUCAUUAAAACAAAUAAAUUUAAAAAAACCACCAUACUUAAUUAAAGAUUAAGGUUUUUACAUUUAAAGUUUUAUUUUUAAUAUAAUUAAAAUAAGAUAUAAUUUCUUACAGAAUAAAAUCAGAAAAUCCUGGUAAUAAUGA